AUGGCCGUGCGCCUGGCCCCCGCGCGCAACGACCCGUUGGCGCAGCACAAGCUGGCUCUGCUGCGCGCCCUGCGCCUGCCGCUGGAAGUAGUGCUGGGGGGGGAGGCGGGAGAGGGACAGGCGGAAGGGGGGACGGGCAGGCGCGGAGAAGGGGAUGCGGGGCAGGAGGCGGGGAAAGGGAGAGCGGGUAGCGGCGGGAAAGGGGGCGCGGGGCAGGAGGAGCAGGCGGAGCAGGCGGGGCAGGCGGGGCAGGCGGAGCUGGAUGCGCUCCUGAUGGCUGCGCGCGUGCUGGAGCUGAACCACGACGAGUUCUAUUUCCUCGCAUCUCCUCCCCGCGCCCCUGUCUCCCCCCGCAACGAGCUCCAAUCGCUGCGCCGCAUUCGCCUCGCUCUCCUCCCCCUCCUGCACCCCUUACCCGCCCCGCUCCCCCCUUCCGCCCUCCCCCCCUCCUCCGCUGCCUGUGCUGCCCCCGUGCCCCUCUCCUGUGCGCCAGAAGGGGGGGAAAAGGGGCGGGCUGUGGCGGAAGCAAUGAUGGGGGAGGUUUGGAGGCGGCUGGGGGGACUGGGGGGAGAGGCAGGGGGGGAGGCAGCUGGGCGGAGGACAGGGGGGGAGACAGCGGGGGAGCGGGGGAAGGGGGAGAAGUGCGAGGGAGGGGACGUCAGGGGAGAGGAGAGAGGAGAAGGAGAGGACGGAGAGAAGCGAGAGGAGGGGCAGGGGGAGGCGGAGAGGCUGCUGAUGGAAUGGGCUGUGGCCCACGGUGCCACGUGCGAGCUGGACGUGCGAGGUGCGGUGCACAGGGACAAGAGGUGGAGAAGGGGAGAGAAAGGGAGGGAGGGGGGGUGGGAUGGGGGGAGAGGCGGGGAGGGGGAGAGGCGGGGAGGAGAUGUUUUUGAGUUCCCGGGCACGGGGCGGGGCAUGGCAGCGCGGGGGGCCAUGGAGGCGGGGGAGGCAGUGCUCUCCAUUCCCCUCCCACUCAUCAUCUCGCCGCUCACUGCACUCGCCUCUCCCUUGGUAGCUUUCUCCUCACUUCUCCCCGCCCCUCCCUCCCCUCAUGGUUAUGGUCAAGCUCUGCGAGCAGGAGGGAAGGGGGCCGCCAGAAGCAUCAGGGCGGCACCAGAGCAGUGCGAAGAAGCAGAGGGCAUCAGGGUUCAAAGCGGAGAGGUGGAGAGUGGGCGGGUGCAAGGUCGAGAGGCGGUGGGUGAAGCGCAAAAUAGAGAGGCGGAGGCCGGGGCUGAAGCUGAUCUGCUCCGGGGUGACGGCGGUGGGGGCAGUGGUGGUGGGAAGGAGAGGGGCGAAGAGGAGGACACAGACAUGGGGGGCAUGGAGGAUGGGGUGGAUUUGAGCAGCAUAAGUGACGAGAGCAUUGCGCUGCUGUGGACCAUUCAGCAACGCCACGACCCCUCGUCCUUCUAUGCUCCUUUCUUCAACGCCCUGCCUGCUGCCAUCAACACAGCGUUGACAUGGCCAGAAACAGCAGUGCGUGCAGUGCAGGGAACGCUGCUGCAUACACACAUUGGACGCGCCAGGCAGCACAUACACGCAGAGUACCAUUCUCUCUUCCCAGCCCUCUCACAGCGCUACCCCUCGCUCUUCCCACCAGCCCUCUUCUCCCUCUCCGCCUUCACAGCAGCAGCAGAGCUCUGGUAUGCCUACGCCAUGCGCAUAGCCCUGCCCUCCCCUCCCCCACCACCACAUGCUGCAGCAGCAGCAUCAUCACCAUCAGCACCAGCAGCAGCAGCGCUAUUAUUGAGCAUGCAGGGAGCGUGGCAGCUAGGAGGAGGAGGGGCGGGGCAGGCAGGGGAGACAACCGCGCUGCCGUGUCUGGUGCCGCUUGCCUCUCUGCUUAACCACUCGCUGUACCCUCACAUCACCCACUUCAGCACACUCGAACCCGCUGUCCCCUCCCCCUCUCCCCUCACCCCCUCCUCCUCCGCCUCCACCUCCUCCCCCGCCUCUGCCUCCCCACUCUCCUCCUCCUCCGUGCCUCCCCCGUCCACUUCCUCUCUCCACUCCACCUCCCACCGGCUGAACCUUCGCCUGGAGAGGCCGGUGCGGGCAGGGCAGCAGUGCUUCCUGUCGUACGGCCCACUGCCCUCACACGACCUUGCUCUCUUCUACGGCUUCCUGCUGCCCUCCCGCAACCCCUACGACUGCUUCCCGCUCGCCGAUGCAUGCAGGGAGGACACGGCUGCUGCUGCUGCUGCUCUUCGUGGUGUAGAGGAAGCAGCAGCUCACGACUCAGCAGCUGUGGGCAGCACCACUGCGAAAAAGCCACGGCACAGCGAUGAUGCCAGUGGUGCCGGUAGCCAUGGCUGUACCACCGAUACUGCCACUGAGGCCAAUGAUGCAAGUGCUGCCUUCACAACCAGGGACAGCUACCGAGACUCGGACAAGGACAGAGGCAAAGGCGGUGCAGCAGCGGGAGGGCAGGGAGAGGAGCCGGUGGUGGCGCUGUCACAGCACCUGCUGCGCGCGUGCGACCUCACACUGACGCCCGCUGGCGCUGUGGUGGAGAGAGACGACGGGGAGCGUGCGGAGGAGACGGUUGAGAAUGACGGGGAGGACAAGGAGGAUGGGGAGGAGUGUGAAGGGGCAGGGGGGGGUGGGAGUGAGGAUGUGUGGGGAGCGCUGCCUUGGCGGCUGUGUGUGGCUCUGUGUGGGGCUGUGGGAGGGAGCAUGGAGGAGCGGAGGAUGUGGAAGGCUGAUGCUCUCCGGCCACCACAGGCCGAUAUCCCCCCUGCAGUGCGCUCUGCUGCUCUCUCCACUCUGCUUGACCUCCGGUAUCGGAUGGAGCAAGAGCAACUGCUGCUGUCCAUCAGAAACGAGUGUGUCAGGCUGCUCAUGCUUCUGUGA